AUUUCAAUGCCGCUGUCAUGGCAGAAAAGAGGACAGAUUCUGGGCUACUGCUGUUGUUGUUACUGAUUUCUGUGUCUCUGUUACAUUUAUUCAUAUGCCCCUUCUCCAAAGUGGAAGAGAGCUUCAAUCUGCAGGCAGCACAUGAUAUUCUGUACCACAGACUCGACUUUGACCGGUACGACCAUCAUGAGUUCCCCGGCGUGGUUCCACGGACGUUCCUCGGGCCGCUCUUCAUAUCCGCCCUGGUCUCCCCCCUGGUGGCGCUGUCCUCCCUGCUGGAUGUACCCAAGAUCUACACGCAGCUGAUGGUGCGUGGCUGCCUUGGAGCGUGUGUGGUCGCGGCCCUCUGGCUCAUGCAGAAGGAGGUGAGGAAACAGUUCGGGUCGACGGUGGCCGCGCUCUUCUGCCUGACGUGUGCGUCGCAGUUCCACCUCAUGUUCUACUGCACGCGCACGCUGCCCAACGUGUUCGCCCUGCCCUUAGUUGUGAUGGCGUGCACGGCAUGGAUGGCCCAGAGGCACCGCCCCUUUAUCGCCCUCUCAGCCUUCGUCAUCAUCGUGUUCCGGGCGGAGCUCUGCCUCCUGCUGGGGCUCAUGUUGAUGAUGUCACUGGUCUGGAGGAGGCUGAGUCUGUCUGAGCUUUUCUGCUGUGCCGUGCCCGCCGGGAUACUAGCACUGGCUCUCAGCGUGGGCGUGGACUCGUUUUUCUGGCGCAGGCUCAUCUGGCCCGAGGGCCAGGUGCUGUGGUACAACACCGCCCUCAACAAGAGCUCCAACUGGGGAACCUCGCCCUUCCUGUGGUACUUCUACUCCGCCCUGCCCCGGGCGCUGGGCUGCACCCUGCCCCUGGUUCCCCUGGGGCUGCGUGACCCCCGGACGCGGGCCGUCCUGCUGCCCUCGCUGGGCUUCGUGCUGCUCUUCUCCCUGCUGCCGCACAAGGAGCUGCGCUUCAUCAUCUACGCCUUCCCGCUCCUCAACCUGGUGGCGGCCCGGGGCGCCUCCUACAUCCUGAGCAACUAUCACAAGUCCUGGCUCUACAAGCUGGGUUCGCUGCUCGUGAUUGGUCAGCUGCUGGCCAACGCCGUGUUCUCGGGCGUCUCUCUCUACGUCUCGCACUACAAUUACCCAGGAGGCCGAGCGCUACAGGAACUAGACCGGCGGGUCCCAGCCACCGCAGACGUCUGGGUCCACAUGGACCCCUACGUGGCUGAGACUGGGGUCUCACGUUUCCUGCAGCAGAGCAGCAUCUGGAGAUAUGACAAACGCGAGGACGUGCGUCCCGGCCACGCGGAGAUGAACACCUACUCCCACAUCAUCAUGGAGGUCAACACCACCAGCCUGCGCCUGCUCCAGGACACCCACCCGCCCCUGGCCUUCAUCCAGGGGUACGACCGGGUGGUGCUCACCCCCACCCAGCUGCCCCCCUUCAGGGUGCAGCUAGUAGACAAGGUGGUGAUCCUGCAGAGGAAGGACUUCAAGGCCGCUCCUAGCGGCGGGAGAUGACCGCGGACGUUGAGCGGUUCAUGGGAAGCAUCGGAAUACUAUGAGCGAAGUUGGCACUUUGUCGAGAAAAUACGAUUUUUCUGUUGUAGACACAGAGUUCUGUUGAUAGUGUGGUGUAUGAUGAAAGGUGGAGUAUUAGUCAUAACAUUACGGGACGUGACUGUAGGAGAUUUCAGGGGUUUGCGCAGGACAGACGUCAAGGAUCCUCAAAGUCCUGUUGGACCCGCGGAACCGGUUUGAUUCCCGCUCCGAGCUAUAAGGAUAACAUUGUUCCUAUGCAAAUCUACCAUCUUGGUGUUCGAAUCCAGAUACGUAGCCGAGAAGGACAACUGAGUUGCCCAAUCAGUUUCAAAAUCAACAAUGUUAUCAUGUAGAGUGGAUACAUUGGUGUGGUUGGGAUCAGCUCUUAUAUUAUUUUAAAGAAUAAAAUAGUAAUCAUAAAACCUCC